GGCAGACAUAAGUCAAGCCCCUUGCAUCUGCUGGAGCAGACAAAAGAGACAGCGACCUAGAAUUUUCUCGCACUUGUUAAUCAUGGCGACAAUUCCAAAAGUGGAUCAGGAAGCAAUCAUGGCCAACAUAGCAAGUAUGUCCGACUCGCAACAAGAGCGUCAACAAACCCAUCUCCGAUUCUUCCGGAGCACGCUCUUCCAAAUCCUCGUCGUCGGACUUUGCGCAUUUUGUGCCCCUGGCAUCUGGAGCGCCAUGAAUGGCCUCGGGGUGGGCGGCUCCCAGAGUCCCAAUCUUGUCAAUGCUGCAAACGCUCUCCUCUAUGCUUUCAUGACAGUUACCUGCUUUGCAGGUCCAUGGAUGACCAACCUCAUCGGGUUUCGCUGGACCCUCACGCUUGGGUCCAUUGGUUACCCGCUGUAUGCAGCAGGGCUAUACCUGAACAACCGCACGGGUGCCGCUUGGCUCGUGUACUUCGGCUCGGUGGCCUGUGGCAUCAGUGCUGGUUUCUUUUGGAGCGUCGAAGGGGCCAUCGCAACCGGCUACCCUGAGCAGCACAAACGCGGCCGCUACCUAGCAACGUGGUUUACCUUCCGGAAUUUUGGGAACAUCAUUGGCGGAGCAAUUUCACUUGCUCUUAACCACGACGUCAACCAUAAAGGCCAAGUCGGAUACCAGACGUAUCUUGGAUUCAUCGCCAUUCAGUGCCUCGGUUUGGUCUUCGGUCCCCUGCUAUCGAAUCCAGAGAUGGUACAACGUGACGACGCAACACGCAUCGAAGCCCCUCGCGGGAUUGAGUGGCGCGAGGAAGGUCGAAUCAUGUGGCGACUAAUACGUAGCCGGUCUAUCUUGCUGCUUGUGCCACUCUUCUGGUACUUUGGCUGGAUUCAGGCGUAUCCGGGCACGUAUCUCGCAACGUAUUUCACCGUCCGGUCGCGAGCUCUGGGAAGCUUUCUGUCCGCUAUCGUAGGCACACUGGCUACUUGGUUUGGGGGGUCACUGGUUGAUCUACCAUGGCUGGAAAGCCGCAAGAAGCGGGCUAUCUUCACAUAUAUUAUGAUCGCUGCAUUGAACAGCACUACCUGGAUAUGGGCUGUGGUGAUUCAAAACGAGUAUCGCCAUACCCAGCCGGUCCUGGAUUGGGGCAAUCAGCGCUCAUUCGGACGAGGGUUCGGCUUGUACCUCUUUGAACGCGUCAGCCUUGGCUUUGUUGAGAAUUAUAUCUAUUGGUGUAUCGGCAAUCUGUCCGAUUCCCCAGGCGAUCAAAUCCGCUACAGCUCGUUGCUGAGGGGCAUUGAGACAGCUGGUGUGGCUGUGGGAUUUGGCGUCCAGGCUGUUCCAACCGCGCUGAUUGCGACAGCGAGUAUCAACUGUGGCUUGUGGUUCUUCGCACUGCCUUUCAGUUACUAUGCCACUCUGCAGGUUUUGCGGAAAUUUGAAGGCCAGGGGAAGAGUACCGACAGACAGGACUGAGAGAGAGGGAACUAAAAUCGAAGCUUCUGGUGAAUACAAUGCUGAUUAUUCCCAGGCGACACCUCAGGUUCACUGCAUCAUCAUUCAUCGACUGCAUGAUAUGCCGAUGACUUUCUUCAUUCUUGUCAUUGGCAGGAGUCAAGCGGAAAACCCAUAUCGGUUGAAAACCAAAGGCAGCUUGGGGCAGUGUCCUGGGGUGGUAUCGAUAUACCAACAGUCUCUUGAGUAGAAGUAUGCAGUAAGGUGAUUGAAUGAGGCGGGUGAAAAGGACCGUAGAAGAGAAAGUGAAAUGGUAGGAAAGGUCAUGUGCCUGGGAGUUUGUGGUAUUUGUCUGGUUG